AUGGCAUCCAAUGUUACAGCUCAAUCAGUGUUGGAGAAGAUUAGUGUGGAUCAUCUGGAAUGCUCCAUCUGCACCAACCGUUUCAGGCAGCCCAAACUGCUGGACUGUUUGCAUAGUUUUUGCCUGCAAUGCCUCCAAGAGCUCAGACAGAGCCAAGAUCCUAGUGGUACAAAGCUGACAUGUCCUCUGUGCAGACAUGAAACCAUGUUGAAAGGGUCUGGGGUUGCUGAUCUCCCUAAUAACUUUGCAUUCAGUGCCCUGGUGGAGGAAGUUACAAUGCAGGAAAUGCAAUUGGAAGGUCAAGGGUCAGAGAUCAAAUGCCAAGCCUGUGAUGAGGAGAAUCAGGCUGUGUCAAGAUGCAUGGACUGUGAUCAUUUCCUGUGUCAAGAAUGUCAAAAGGCUCAUGAACGUCUAACUCUAAUGAAAUCUCAUCAAAUCUAUACACUGGCUCAACUCCGAUCAGGAGAGAUUGUCUACAAGAGUAAGCUAAGAGAUGAAGUUCCCAAAUGUGGCAAGCAUCCAGAUCAGAAUCUCAAUGUUUACUGCGACACAUGUGAGCAAGUCAUAUGUCUCAUGUGUACAGUUCUAGAUCAUGAAAAACCAAAACACUCUUGUAUUGGCUUACCUGAGGCUUUUGAGAAAUGUAAGAAAAAGGUAGAAGAACUUGUUGCAAAAGUUGGUCGAAGCAAAACAGAACUGAACACCACCAUAGAGAAGACUUGCAUAUCUCGCAAGAAACUCGACUUCAUGUUUUCAAACACCAAAAAGAACAUCUCAGAAAAGGCUGGCCAAGAGGUUGCCAAGAUCCGACAGGAGGAGCAGAAACUGUUAAAAGAGACUGACAGGAUUUAUCAAGAGAGAGUCACAACAUUUGAAGCUGCUCUUGCUAAGAACAGCAAAGAAGUGACAAAGACAGAGCACAAGCUGGAGGAGGUAAAACAACUCAUGAAUCAAGCAAGCUGCCAUGAGAUUCUUGAACUUCAGCAGAAGCUCUUGCAUAACCUCAGUGAAUUGACGGGGAAACAGCCACAGCAAGUUCCUGACAAGUUGACCUUCAUGGAUUUUGAAGAAGGCGACAAGUCACUUGGGAGACUCAUUCUGGAAGAAGAGCCAAAAGCUGCAGCAAAGAAAUCACCAAGACCUGCAAGAUCAUGUGUGAAGGAGAAAUGGGAACUGAAGACAGAAGUUAAGAACUUUGAAUUAGGAAAUACAUGGAUAGCAGAUGUUGCAGCACUCUCUACCGAUAAACUACCUGUACUAUCUAAAACAGAUGUACUGUUUGGAGACAGUGGUGCACUAUCUACAGCUUCAAUUCCAAAAAUGUACAAUCACCACGUUAUCUACAUAAAAAGCUGGGAAAAUGAGUUACUGUGUGUAGACUACUAUGGUGCCAGUGUAUUCUCAGUAGACAUGGCCAGCAACAUGCACCUGGGUUGGGGCCCUACUGGUGUGUGCUGUGACAGUGAUGGCAGCAUCUAUGUUGCUGUGUGUGGACAUUCAACAGUGCUUUCUGAGUGCCUCAUCAAAUAA